UCCGGUGUGCAAGAGAGUGCUGGAUCGACGCAGCCAUGCCAGUGGUGCCAGCACGGUUGAUUGGAAUAGUGUAUCAGUUUUCCAUUCCGUUCGCCUUGUUCCCAAUUACAUUUGCGAUGGAUUGCAAGCCUUCGCCAAUUCUAUUUCAUUCGGCUUGAUGAGGGCUAAAUUGCACUUUAACGCAAACAAACUAAAUAACAACCAUGCGCCAUAAAUAAUGCCCGUCGCUUUACCGUGAGCAUGUCCUAGUGGUCGACCAGUGUGAAAUGUGUACAAUAGCCCCAAACAAGGGUCAGUUUGGACGAAAAUGACCAAAUUCCAACAAAUGGAAAACGAUGGCGAGCAGAUAAAAAGGUUUGUUUUCGGUAGCAAAUCUAGGCACGGGGCCUCGUAUGUGGGUGAAAAGCUGGAAAUACUCAUACCGGAGCUUCCACUGCCAGGAUAUUCGUUCUACACCUGGCCCUCUGCCCCGGUGUUGGCGUGGUUUCUCUGGGAACGGCGGCACUCGCUCAUCAACAAGCGGAUACUGGAGAUAGGAGCCGGCACAGCACUGCCGGGUCUGCUGGCUGCCAAGUGUGGGGCUCACGUAACACUCAGCGAUUGCAGUACGCUACCGAAAACCUUGGAACACAUCCAACGCUGCUGCAGGCUGAACAAUUUAGUGCCCGGCCCGGGCAAGGACAUCGAGGUUAUCGGGCUGACGUGGGGACUGUUUCUGGAUCAGGUGUUGCAGCUCGGCCCGCUGGAUCUGAUCCUCGGCUCGGACGUGUUCUACGACCCGUCAGUGUUUGAGGAAAUCCUAGUGACGAUAUCAUUCAUACUCGAGGCGAAUCCGGGAGCGAAAUUCAUCUGCACCUAUCAGGAACGGAGCGCCGACUGGUGUAUCGAGAAUCUGCUCAAAAAGUGGGACCUGGUGUGCUCCGUGAUUAGCUUGGACAAUCUGAGCGAGGAUCUCGGUGUCGACCCGCAAGAGUUGAUGGGCAACCAUACCGUGCACUUGCUGGAAAUAGUACGAAAGCCUAUCGGAUAAAAUCAAACGGUCGUCGGUCAGUCGAGUGAUUAGCCACAACCGAUACACUGCCAUGUCUUCCACCACAGCUGCCGCCAGUACCAUCGCCCGAGGGGUGCAAAAACUGUUCGUGGGCAACCUACCGUGGACGGUCAGCACAAAGGAGCUGAAAACGUACUUCUCCAAGUACGGUCACGUCCAUUCGACCAACGUAAUCUAUGACAAGUCGACCGGCAUCAGUCGCGGCUACGGGUUCAUCGUGUUCAGUACGCGGGAGGGCUUCACCAAUGCCACCAACAACCGGUUGCACGUGCUCGAGGGACGUGUGCUGGACUUGCAACCUGCCUCUUCUUAAAAUUAAACAUAAAUUCUAGCUACAUAGCAAAGGGGGAAUGAUUCGUUUUAAAUAGUUACAGAGUCGAAUUCAUGAUUUCGUUGAAUAGAAACAUUAUUUAGCUGUAAUCCGU